AUGUUUUGGCGCAAGGAGAAAGAAGAGGAACAAGCAGUAUCCUCGGAGUUUCCCACCGAUGCAACACCACCUAUCGACCAGAAACCCUUCUGGCAAGUUAUCUGGCCCGUCCUUGCUUGCGGUGCUGGUCUCUUUUCCGACGGCUACGUCAAUAAUGUCAUCGGCUCCGUAAACACGGUGCUAGAACGUGAAUACGGAGACGUCUACAGUAACUCCAAUGCCGCUAGCGUCGUACCGGCUAUCGCGUUCGCGGGAACGGUGGUCGGUCAAUUAUUCUUUGGGUACCUGUCCGACAAAUGGUCGCGCAAAGACUCUCUCCUUAUAUCGACCAUCAUCUUGAUUAUAUUUACGGCUCUCGCUGCUGGUUCUUACUACCGUGGCGAUCCCGUGGGUAUGUUCAAUAUUUUAACCGCAUGGCGGUUCUUUGUUGGUAUUGGUAUUGGAGGCGAGUAUCCAGCCGGCAGCGUAAGUUGCGCCGAAUCUAGUGGCGAGCUGAAGGGCGGCACUCGGAAUACCUGGUUUAUCUUGUUCACAAACUCGAUGAUAGACUGGGGUUUCGUCUUCGGGGCAUUUGUGCCAUACGUCGUUGCCGCUGCAGCCCACAACAUUUACUACAGCACAAUAUGGCGGACAAGCUUGGGAAUCGGCGUAGCUUUCCCAUUGGUUCUCUUCGCCCUACGUCUUAGACUUAAAGAACCCGAGGAAUUCUCAAGGAACUCAAUGAAGCAUGUCAAAACUCCGUACCUUCUAGUAAUAAGAUAUUACGGGUUUCGGUUGCUCAUCGUUAGUUUGAUCUGGUUCAUAUACGAUUUCUCUGCCUACUCAUUCUCGAUUUAUUCGAGCGCCAUUCUCUCUAAUAUAUAUGGAGAUACUGGUGUCCUAACCACUAUUUUCGGAUGGAACACGGUUAUCAAUUUGUUCUACAUUCCGGGAACUAUGCUCGGAGCACCAAUUAGCGACCGUCUAGGCCCUCGCUACACCCUUAUUUUAGGCCAGGUUCUACAGGCCAUUGUGGGAUUUAUUAUGGCUGGUUGCUACAGCAGGCUAUCCCACCCUUCUGUAGUUGGUGCCUUUGCAGUAGUAUAUGGCAUCUUCUUGUCUUUUGGCGAGCUAGGACCAGGAAACAAUAUUGGUCUACUAGCUGCUAAAACCUGCGCCACGGGUGUGAGAGGGCAAUAUUACGGUAUUGCUGCUGCCCUUGGAAAGAUCGGGGCUUUCGUAGGUACAUAUGUGUUUAAGUAUAUAAACUCACCAGACGGCGACAAAACCAAAUCGGCACAGUACAAAUUCUACGUCAGCUCUAGCUUGUGUAUCUUUGCAGCUGCGCUUGCACUCUUGCUCCCUAACAUUGACCAGGACACCAUUACCAAAGAAGACACGAAGUUUAGGGAGUACCUCGAGAGCAAGGGCUGGGAUACAAGACAACUUGGCUUGAAGAAAGGGGAAAGCAUCGAAUCACUACCGGUAGAAGCUGAGGAUAAUACCAUGGACGUGGCUAAGGCUGAGUGA